GUGGAACACGGGUGGACCAUGCCUGUCUGGGGAGGCACAGCCUCCUCCAGCCUAUGAUACCUGCUGCCCAUGGCUAAGGGCCCUUUUCCCAGGCUAAGGAGAGGAGCCACUGAACCCAGGGCUCAAAUAAUUAUGGGUGACGACAAAAUAAAUCAGCUCACUGUAAGCAUGUAGGAAAGGAGAGGGAUGAUCCUAUUAUGAAGGUCUGUGCAAUCUACUGUGAGUGAUGCCUCACUUUUGGCACCACGAGUGAUUGGCCUUGGGAGAGUACUGCCACUUUCCCCAGUCAAGGAGGAGCCAAACCUAAGGAGCUUAGUAGAGCCCAAAGGAGCACUUGACCCCUUCUGAAGGAGAGCCAAGCUCAAGAAGCCCAGUGGUGUAUAUGUGCCUCAGUCAGGGGAAACCAAACACACAGAGCCCACAGGUGUCUUUGCAGGGGGAACCAAGCCCAAGGAUCAUGCAUGAUCACAUUUUAAACAUCUAUACAAUUGACUGAGUGAUGUCUUGCGGCUGGAUCUUGGAAGGGCACAGACUUUAUUUUGGUUUGUUUCCAUCUGCACCAUGGAUCCUGAGUCUGCUGACCUUGAUAGUCUGGUUCAAGGACUUUUAGCUUCCCCAGCCUUUGGGGAAGGGGCAAGAUUAGGAAAGUGUAUGUGGGUUCAAGGGAUAUUGAUAACUUAUUGGGACUAACUGACUAAGGCAGAUGAACUUCUAGGGGUACAUUUAUUUCUGGCUUGUGAUUCUUUCAUUGUACAUGUGCCAAAAGCCCAGUGAGAGGGCCAUUUAAAAGUCAAAAUAAUAACAUAAAGAUAUAUUGAAUAGGACAUAGCCAGCACAGCUACAAUUGUAAGCAAGCAAGGAAGAUGUAAGCAAGCAACUGUAGCUAUCACGAUUUUAUUUUAGUCUUUCCUCAUUCAUAUUGUGCUGAAAUUAGUUUUUCAUGGCAGCAGGAGCUUUGGUUCUGUGGGAAAGGUGCAACGUCUGGACUGGGAGGUUGAAAGAGGAGGGUCCGGGAUGCAUACUCCUGUUUUUUUGAGAAGAGGGGAGAGAGGGAGGAACUGAAAAGUUUGGACAAGCGACUUCUCAGAACUGUGAAAAUAGACUUCAGUGUUAAGUGUGAGCAGAUAUUUAUCUUCUAUUUGAGCUAUUUUCUGUUUAUAAUCAAUGUGUGCAAAAGAUUAUGUGAUGGAGAUGGAGCUCCCCCUUCCCUCCUAACAUCAGGCUUUGCGGGAUUUCUCAGGCCCUCAGACUGAGUCCAAUAUCUUGAGGCACUCAACAGCCACACUGUGCUAGUAAAACUAUAAUAAUAAUAAUUAAUAAUGAAUUGUUAUCCAAAGGUCUCAUCCUAGGCAUUGUACAGAGAUGAGUGAAGACAUGAUCAAUGUCAGAGGAAGGGAGUAACUUCUCCAUCUGAAACUGCAGGAAGAAUUCUGGAGAAGCAGAAUGUGGUUAUAUGAUUAGGAACCUGGACAGGAUGCUGAGGUUAAAACUACCUACUCAGGCAGAAAGUACCAGGACAUCUUUAAAUCAACAUGUGGAGAAGGUCUUAUUUUUACACUGUAUCUGAAAAGUAGCAGCUCCAGGAGCACAAAAUCAUUCUUCAGCACCACAAUGGAACAUUGGAGUCAGUAAUGAUUCUUCAGGAACAACACUCCUUAUUGAGUCAUAUGCACUAUCCCCGUCCACACAGUGCCCUACCUGGACUCUGAGAUAUUGGGGUCAGUUCUGAUUAAGAGGAAGGUGCUCCCUUAUCAGGAGUGCUCCCUGCCACAAAAAAUGCCAUAGCACUGUGCAGGGCUGUUGAGUUCAGUGUUGUGGAAUUACUGAUGCCUGGGUAGUGCAGAUGUAGGCAGCCAUUUCUGGGUAUGGAUAUAUUAUUAAAGGAACUAUAGGGAGAUGUAAGCAGUGCAUCCCUUUUGGGGUAUAAAAUCUAUAGCCUUCUCUGUAGCCAUAAGCUGUUUGGGACAGGAAUGCUGUUAUUGUUGGACCCAUUUAUAAAUUGUCCGGUACCAUGUGUGACAGCUGUCAAUGGGGAUGCAUAGUCAGGUAGGUAUAUACACCAUACAUUUACCAUGGUUCCUGGUUUUUCUCUUCCAGCUCCCCAGCACGGGUCAUCUGGCCUAUACAGCUUGGCUGUAGGUGUUGGGACACUGAUUGCCCUCGUGGUGAUUGCAGUGGUAGUUUGGAGGAUUGGUGAGUUUGGAGUUUGGAGGAUUGAUAGCUCCUGUCCUGGAUGCCCUGACCAGUGGUUUGGUUACAGGAACAGCUGUUACUUCUUCUCCAAGAUGAAAAAGGAUUGGAAUUCCAGCCAGGCAUCCUGUUCUGCAGAAGGAUCACAUCUCUUGGUGAUCAAUGAUGCCAAGAAAAUGCACCUUUUCUUGGAAAUGCACAUAGGUUACCACUGGAUUGGUCUGAGGAACAGCACGGGCAGUGGCUGGACCUGGGAAGACGGCUCAAAACUCAACAAUACAAAGGUCAUCUCUAACAGCCCCGUGCAGCACUGUGGCGUCCUGGUGAAGGGUGCUCUCCAGGCCUCCAGCUGUGCAGUUGAUUUCCCAUGGAUCUGUGAGAAAUCCCCUAAGUAACCACCUCCUGCACUUUCCCACAGAAUAGUCUUCACUCACACCCGGCCAAUGGAUCUAGACCCCAACAGUGCAUCCAGACAUGCCUAAUCCUUGUUCCCAGUGGGGCCAGGCUGCUGAUACUCCUAGUAGGAGGUUUGUGUCACCAUUGCCCUCUGUUGAAAUUGCACAGCCAUGUAGGAGACUGAAAUCUGAUUCAUGGACUUUCAGCUCCCUGAGGCUGGAGCUCUGAGGGUGAGUUCUGUGCAGAAAACCUAGAUCCAUUUGCAGUCCUCAUCUUUCAGGGCUGGGAGCAUAGCAGAGACCUGCUGACAUUAUCUUUGUUGCCAUGGAAAAGACCUGAGUAUGAUUCCCAGUCUUAGUCUUUCUCACUCUGCCCCAGUGCCUAAGUUAUUAGUGUGACAGCAGCUGGGCCCAGCGAACCCAUAGGGUUACACUUCUGUGUUGAGCAACAGUCCUGUGGCACCUUAUAGACUAACAGAAGUAUUGGACAUGAACUUUCGUGGGUGAAUACCCACUUUGUCAGCAUGAGGUUGAUGGAUUUCCACUCCAUACGGCUAAAUGCAGUGCCUUGCAUGGUGUAAAGUACUUCUGUGUUGCUGAGCAGAUGAUAGACUUUAUUUUCAGUCCAUGUUUCUCAUUUCUUUGGCACCAGGAAUGCUGCAGAAGCUGGACCUUCUGCCUCUACUGAAUUUUUCUCUACUUGCUGUGCAGUAAACUGGCUUCCAUUCCACUCCCAAAAUCUGUGUCUCAUUUGUGCCCCAAGACAGGAGUGCUGUGAAGGGAACAGAGGAAGGUGAAAUGAGAAUGGGUGACCUUUGUCAGCCCAGAAAUGAAAGUAAACUUCUAACUCUAAUAGCUGAGGUGACACGUGGGGUGGGGCGGGGGAAUGGGUAAAUGUUGAUUUCACUGUACACACAAACUGAUGAAAAAAAUCUUUCCAUUGAUCAUCAAAAUUUACAGAGAGGCAAAGUAAGAGAAAUGCUGCUUGAGAACUUAUUAGAGUUUGAUUUAAGGUUAUUUGCUUUGUGUAUUUUGGCUUGUGAUGUUGACAAUUUGUGUUUUAAAGGUUAGACAGCUUUAACUUUUUGAAUUUCAACAUCUACUGUCAUUAAAUAUUGCCUGACUUCUCCAUAAUUUGCCACAACUAUAACAUUUAAAUAGAUAAAAAUCUAAAAUAAUAUUUAACAUAGAUAUUAGCCAUUGAAAUAAUAAAAUAAUAAAAAUCUAAU